AUUAACUCCUAUCCGACGACUGAACCUGACACGCCAUACAGUAGUCGGGAAAGUUAUUUACGAGUUAUCCCCAUGGAAUAGAGGCACUGCCUAAACCCUCAAGACUACUUUAGAAGGAUUCAACUUGCAUUAUUCUUAAUAUGUCCGGCUUUCUGUACGAAGCCACGACCCCUUGCCCUUCAAGGACGAGCACUUCAAUCUUCAGCCGGGGCAGCAACAGAAGCUCGUCCGACAGCAUGUGGGAAGAUAGUUUGGGCAACUGGGACGAUACUGCUAACAUCGAGUUCACGACCGAAAUUGAACAGUCUGUACUUACGGGGGUCAAGCCCAGAAGACGGACCAAGACAAGUACAUCCUUUGCUAUUCACGAAGACCAUGGAGAGAAUCCUACACAGCCGGCAUACAAGCCGAAGCGGGAUUCGAGCAUAGCAGCACCGACCACGAGCCGCAAAACAUCCUUACUUGCGCAGCCAGCUCAGAGAUUUCGUCCCAAAAUCAGCUUCGGCCCGAGCCCAGACACGCAGUCGCGUCAAGAAGGAUUAGCUCACAAGUCAACAAGUAAGAGAACGGACACAGAGAAAAACAACGCGCUUUUGAUGCGCAUCAAUGGAGCAGAUGGCCAGGAGAAGGCUAAAAAAAGCCUGAAGACGGAUGUACGCCGUAACACGGUUUAUAUUCCCCCGGAUGACGGUACAGUGGCCAGUGUAUUUAUGGGUCUCUUCAGCCCGCCCAAGUCGGACAAUUUGGACAAGUGUAUCAAUGAAGAUACCCAAGUCAACAGCUUGGAGUCACAGAUUGCUAAGAAACGACAAGCCAAACGAUCUCUCGCAUCGUCUGCCCAACGGGCUCCAUUGAAGCCAAGCUCUAAAGUAAUGCAGGAGUCCUGCAUUCAUCACGACAUUGCCGGGAAGAAUGGCGGAAAGGAGAAUGUGCCUCCAGGAACAGUUAUCGCUGAAGGCAAGAAAAUACAUCAGGCCCUGAAAGCCAAGGAGGAUUCAGGAAACCGCCUAAAUGCUCCUCCGAUGGCAGCUAGAAGAGCUGGUGCUACAAAUGCCUCUGCAAAGCCUACAUCCAAGCCUCUAUCUACCAAGACGAGCAACACUCAGCAGAGGAGCAAUGUACUGAGCAACAGCCAAAACACCACUAAAGCACGACAGAACAAAUCUGAACACAAUAGCACCAUGAAGCCAAGUUUGACAUCAGACUACAACCGAAACGCUUCUAUGCGAACCUCAAAUCUAUCUACGUCACAGAAGCCAUCAAAAACAAGCAUAGUAUCCAAAUCGACUACAUCGCGUAACAACACGAAGCCUAUUGCGAAGGAUUUUCCAGUUAUUUCAGACAACAUCACAAACCCGGCACUGUACGAAGAGAAUUGGCUCUCGCACCAGGAAGUGGCAAUAACACAGUUGGUCAAUGAAAUGUUCCAAUGUACUUAUGAGGAGCCAGAAAUCGACAACCACGCCAUGCUUCGACAUGAGCUCCUCACUCUGUACCAGGGAGCAUCUUUCGCACACCUCCACAAACGUCUUCAAGCAUCAUUGUUAUACGGCGCUUUGAGCAUACCAAAAGACGUGCUCACGCGCAGUAGCCGUCUUUACAACGAUCUGGGCUUGAAACGAAAGUUCUUGGAUAUUUGGACCAAGACCUACGACUUACGAGCAUUGCGAGCCGCGGUGGAAGCAAUCAUUGGAAGGAAGAUACCCAUCUCUAAGUUGGCUCAUGGAGGCGAUGCCUCGGAUAAUGACAAGGCGAUGAAACGAAAGAUGGAAGCAUUCCUGGAAGCAUUCUUGUUACGAAACCAGGAUAUUGACCCUCAAGAAAAGAUCGCUGUGGGAGAGAAUGGCGGUGUAGCUGGCCAGGCAUACCGUCGGACUGUUCUUCGAAGCAUAAUGAUGGUUGUCCUUCUGGACAAAGCGAGAAUGUGCCAUGGGACAGCCGUUCCGCGACGCCUUUUCCUCUCUUCGUCGCCUGUCAAGUCCUCUGGUGCGGUGCUCCAGGCACUGGGUCGGUUCCUACUUCCAUCGUGCGGAGACAUCAUCAAAGCAUUGAGCCACUUGGAGUGCGAAUUGAGUUUUGAGCAGCAUCCAUUGGAAGAAUAUGACUACCGGGUUGACAACAUUGCUGUAGAUCUCCGGGACGGUGUGAGGUUGACAAGGAUUGUGGAAUUGUUAUUCUAUCGUUCAACCUCAUCCGGUGAAGUGUCGAACGGAAGUUUGCCGCUUUCGAGUCAUCUGAAGUUCCCAUGCAGGAGCCGCACGGUAAAGCUUUUUAACAUCCAAAUUGCCUUGGAUGCGCUGGCUUCUGCCCAAGAGACAAGGAAGCUCGCGAAAGACAUACGCGCAGAAGAUAUCGUCGACGGACAUCGCGAGAAGACUAUUGCGUUGUUGUGGAAGCUGGUCAGCACAUGGGGCCUUGCUGGGCUAGUAGACUGGGGGGACGUCAAAAAGGAGAUUGAAAGACUGAGGCAGAAAAUUGCUUUCCAGGCUGAUGAUGAUGGCAUGCCAUUGAACGGGAAUGAUGAGAGCGACGAACCAACCUUGCUGCUCAAGCAAUGGGCAUCUACCCUUGCACAUCUGAAGGGCGUACCGGUUGACAACCUGAGCACAAGCUUCAGCGAUGGCAAGGUAUACGAAAGUAUCGUUGACGAAUACCACGGAUAUCUCGUGGAGCAUGCCGAGGAUCAUAGCAGAACAGCAUCUCUAGAAUCGCGUCUGCGGGCAUUGGGAUGCAGUGCAGAAUUCGCCAAACUUGUGUCUCCCUCUUCAAAGACUCAUAUCGUCGACAGCGACUUUACAAUCGGAGCACUCGCGUUCCUCUGUUCGCGGCUUCUGCCAGCUACGAAGCGCGCGCGAGCUGCGACAGUACUCCAGACAGCAUGGCGACGGAUCCUGACGCGUCGAGAUGAUAAGCGCCGAGUCAUCGCAAGGGAUGUUGCCAGACAAUGCGCUGCAGUUGUACAAACACAAAACCGAAUCCUCUGGGCGAAAGAGGUGAUUGUGCGGUGGUGGAGGCUGACUCGAGCUCAACAGCAUGGUCGAGUAGUUGCUGCAUACGCCUUCGAGGACAACCAAUAUCUAUGAACGCGAGUCACCAUAUGGGGGGAUAGGGAUUGCUGCACCAUCCAGAUGGUCUCUACAGCUCAGAAGGUCCAAGUGCAGCACUACCGUUUAGUUUGUGUAUUCAG